CGGCAUCUGGGAGUCGUUGGUCCUGAGGGGGACCCCCCCAGAUCCUGGGGAAACGGGGAGGGGGUGGUAAAGAGAGGUGAGCCCUACCUCUGUACAGUGAAGCCUUCCUAACUUAGCACCAGAUGAUCUCCAGUGGGGAAUAAAAACACGAAGGCCGCUCUGAUUCCCUAGGUGGAGUGGAGGAACGGUGUACCAGGCUGGAGGGGCAGCCCAAGCAAAGACAUGGGGGCUAGAGAUGGAAUGCCCCUUCCUCUGUGCCUGGAUAGAUCCCUGGUCUCUUGUGGGACUUUUAGAUCCACAAAGCACCUGACUGCACAGCAGCUCCCCCCCCCCCAUCUCCAUUUUAUAGAUUAGGAGACUGAGGCCAAGAGAAGGGACUUCACCAGGGUUGCUCACCCCAUCUCCCUGUUGGAUCCCUGGAGCCACUACCAGCUGGUGGCCUCUUCCCUCAGCCGACCCAGAACCAGGCUGCCUAGGGGUGGGGGCAGCAGCCUGGCACCUCUCUGAUCUGUGGCGUUCCUGACCCCCUGCCGGCCAUGAAGAAGCCCCGAAAGGGAAGCAGCCAGAGGGGAGAGGAGCAGCCCAGCACAGACAGGGGUUCAGGGACCCCCGGCCCAGCCGCACACCAUCUCUUUGGGGAUGCCGAGGUCGCUGGCUUCCGCGCCAGCCUCCUCAUCUGGUAUGACCGGGCCAGGCGUGACCUGCCCUGGCGGAGAAGGGCGGCCGGAGAGCCGGACCCAGACAGGAGGGCCUACUCUGUCUGGGUGUCUGAGAUCAUGCUCCAGCAGACCCAGGUGGCCACCGUGACCGGCUACUAUACCAGGUGGAUGCAGAAGUGGCCGACGCUGCAGGACUUGGCAGGGGCAUCCUUGGAGGAGGUGAACGAGCUGUGGGCCGGCCUGGGCUACUAUUCUCGGGGCCGCAGACUGCAGGAGGGCGCACGCAAGGUGGUGGAGGAGCUGGGGGGCCGCGUGCCCCGAACGGCAGAGAUGCUGCAGAAGCUGCUGCCCGGGGUGGGGAGGUACACGGCUGCGGCCAUCGCCUCCAUCGCCUUCGGCCAGGUGACUGGAGUGCUGGAUGGGAACGUGAGCCGAGUCCUGUGCCGCGCACGAGCCAUCGGGGCCGACCCGGGGAGCCCCCUCGUCAGCCAGCAUCUCUGGAGCCUGGCCCAGCAGUUGGUGGACCCAGCCCGGCCAGGGGACUUCAACGAGGCGGCCAUGGAGCUGGGCGCUACGGUGUGCACCCCCCGAGGCCCGCUGUGCCCGGAGUGCCCCGUGCGGGACUUCUGUCAGGCCCAGAAGAGGGUGGACAGGGAGCGCGCGCGGACGUCUCAGAGGUCACAGGGCAGCCCGGAGCAGGCGACGCCCCUCGACGUGGAGGAAUGUGGUGAGCGCCCGGCCUGGCCCAGGCUCUGCGAGGCCCCGGGGUACCCGGCCAGCUCAGGGUGCUUCGGGGUCCCCUCCCGUUUUCCCCAGUGCCUGCAUGGGAGCCAGCCCUGGGAGGGAGAUAGAAAAAUCAUCUUGAACAAAAUCCGAAGUCAAGAAGGGGCUCCUCCUGAUGGCAAAGUGCUCCAGAUGCUCUCAGGCAGCUAA